CUCUCCGUCGCCUCGCCUACUUCCUUCUCCACUCGAAUAUUCUUUACUUCGCGAGUUGAGUAAACUGGAAAACCAGAGUCACAAGGCGUAAAGUAAUGGCGUUGUCCCGGGAAUCCUUGUUUGGUUUCCUUCGGCGGGGAUGAACAGGUCCGAAUGUUUGAUUGAAAUUGUGAAGCAGCAGUUUUCUUUUUCUAGAGUUUAGGGUUUAGCCAAUUGGAGGGGAGAGAUCAAUUGAAGGGGAAGGAGGAAGGCGGGGAAGGGAUGUCUCUGCGGAUAAAGGUGGUGGUGGACAAAUUCGUGCAGGAGCUGAAAGAAGCACUGGACGCCGACAUUCAAGACCGUAUUAUGAAGGAGCGGGAGAUGCAGAGUUACAUCGAAGAGCGCGAGCGCGAGGUUGCGGAGCGCGAAGCUGCUUGGAAGGCCGAGCUUUCUCGCCGGGAGCAGGCAGAAAUAGCAAGACAAGAAGCAAGGCUGAAGAUGGAGAAGGAGAAUCUUGAGAAAGAGAAAAGCGUGCUAAUGGGAACAGCAUCAAACCAAGAUAAUCAAGAUGGAGCCCUUGAAAUAACUGUGAGCGGGGAGAAAUAUCGUUGCCUGAGGUUCUCCAAGGCCAAAAAAUGAGGGAAGGAAGGAUGCUGUUUAACUAGAAAUUUGUCCAGGUCAGAUCAGGUCCCGUAGGAAUCCUUGCAGUGCAAGUAGCAUAUAGUUUUAUUUUACGCCUUGGGCUCAAUUCGGACGCGCUGCCACUGUAAAUGUUUGAGGGGUCUCUGGGUUAUUUGUUGCACUUGAUUCUCGUUCUACUGGAGAAUUGAAUAUCGGUGACAUCAUAUGUGAGACGAUUGCAUCUCAAGUGCUAAAAAGCAUGGUCCAUGAAAUCGUACCGGCGGUUCAACCAC